AUGCCACCACACUUGGUUGUUGCCGACCUCGGUGAAGACGGAGCCGCUGGACCUUGCCUACCCGGAAACACUACUGAAGAUGACGCUUGGUCCGACUCGCGAGCUGCUAACGGCCACCGUGGUGCCGACUACAAUCAACUAUCCGGCUUCAGGAUAUCCAUGCUUCUGAAGGACGAUGGUGAUCUUCUCAUUGCAAGGCUCAACGGGCUGAGCUCAGAAGCGCGAAUGAACUUGGCUCAGUUGACCGAGCAAACUGACACGUUCCUUGACAAGAUUGGAAAACCACUACGACACUCCGAGCCUGAAACCUCUUGCUCGAGAUCAACUGAUCAGGCCUCCUCCCUGAAGCCGAAUCUGGAGGGCCCUCAUCACAAGUGUCGUCUAACCAGGCACAAGCUGCAUGUCCCAAAACUGUCUGUCAUCCUUGAAGAGACGCCUGGGUCUCUCUUCGUGUUUGAUGGCACCACAACCCCAGUCUUGGAUUGGCCACAGUCACCUUCAGAGGGCCAGUUGACACCUCAACCCAAGAACACCAAAUGCGACGUCGAUAAUGCGCAACAUCGCCAUCUACCACAAGUUCCAUUAUUCCUGGAAGAUGAAAACUAUACGGAGUGCGUCACGCAAAUCCAGGUCAAGGGAUCCGCUUCGGGCAAACCAGCUUCUUCAGCACACGAUAGCGGCAUCGACGUCGGCUCCUCUUCAGGAUUUCUAGUACAGCGACCUGUCCUCCCGUGCGAGCUAUACAGCUGGGGCAGCUGUAAGGAGACAUUCGAUACUGACGACCAGACAAACUGGAUAAAUCACGUCAUCGAGGUUCACCUCCAGGAUCGGCUGCCGGCAAAGCUUGAUUGCUGGUUCUGCGAUACGCGGCACUUCCGCGAUAGCACAUCAACAACCACUGGCGACCGCUAUUGGAACUUUGGAGAGCGUAUGCACCAUAUUCGCGAGCACAUCGUUCACGACGGCGGCCAAACUCAAUCGGUCAAGCCCGAUGCCUACAUGGUCGAGCACUUAAGGGCACAUGGAUUGGUCGACGGUCAAGCCUACAAGAAGGCUACAGAGGCUCAGCAAGCUUGGAAGCAAGGGUUGAGCUCUUCUCGGGAAGUGGCUCUCCAUGAUCGAUUAAUGGUUCUCUUGGGAGCUAUUCGGGAGGUUCCAAGCCACGAACGCAGCAACCAGGUUGAGCAACCAGACAACAUCUCGGGUCUGGAGGUUACCGAGAGACCCAAAGAACCAAGGAAGAGGACAGUCUCUGAAAGGGGGAAAGAUCAAAGCGAUGACGGAGACAACGACGAUGAGGAUGAGGAUGAUCCCGGGAGGCACAAGAGGUCAAAGUCAGGAGAAGAAGCUGCAGAGAAGGCGCAUACACUCGUAUGCCCGUACUUUGCUAAUGAUCCUGCGAUCUUCUACGAGGGUCCGCUUUGUGUCAAAAGGUGUUGGAACAUUGACAGACUCAGGGGACACAUCUGGCGAAACCACAUUCCGGAGUUCCAGUGCACACGUUGUCUGGAAACAUUCACCAAAAAAGACAAGCUGGAGCAACACCGGCGUCAGAGUGAGGGUUGCCCGCUGAUGCACCGGCUUAGCACCGAGCGGACUGUGCAAGAGAAGCUCAAAGACCGCAAGCUUACCAGCGGCAAGACGGCGCACGAGAGAUGGGAUAAAUAUUAUGGAAUCCUCUUUCCCGACAUACCGCAAGCCAAGUAUCCCUCGCCCGAUUUCACAGACCACCGAGAGAAGUUCCAAUGCGGCCCAAUUGAGAGGUACUCCGCCAUUGUCGAGCAAACCGCCCUUGAAGACCUGCACACCUACGUCGACAGCCCGGUUCCAAUGUAUGAGGCUCGCUCCGCCGCCGGAGUGAAGGAGGAUAUAAUCCAAGUUUUGCGUGGAGCUAUUCGGAAAUCUAAGAACAUCUACAUCAACACCCAGACACCCGCGCCCUCUGCCGCCGAGCGGGAGAACCUUGCAGAGAGACCAAUCGGUGUUGAGGACGUAUUCACAUCGGAGUGGGCGGAUGUCAUUGUCCAGGGGUGCAGUCAGAAUAUUAUGGAGGACGAGAUACCAGCAGACCUCUACAGAGCUGGCCCUCCUGACUGCCCGUGGCUCCCUGAUGCUUCGGAACCCUCUCUUGCGCAGGAUUCUGGGUACUGGACACGUUCAUCUCAUGAGUGUGGGACGUAUGGUACAACAGAAGAACAGCUCGACGACCUGGAAAAGAUACUGGCUCCUGUUGACAAUCAUGGUGUAACUGACCCUAAGGGCUUUUGGCAUCUGGAGGGAGACCAUGAUGGGGUUUAUGACAUGUAG